AUGGAGCGCAACACGGUGCAGAGAUCCGGCACUAUGCAGACCGGGGGCAGCAGCAGCGCAAGCAAGAACUACAGUAACAUCAACGCGAACCUGCACGCGCGUGUGAAGGCGUUCCAGGAGCAGCGGAAGCUGCAGCGGUCGGGGAGCGUGGGAUCAAAGUCGUCGGGACAGUCGCAAGACUCGGCAGCGAUACAGCAUAUCGUGAACAAGCCGCUGCCGCCGCUGCCGCCGGGCAAGGGCAAGGAGGCGGCGCCGCCCCUGCGGCGACAGGGGAGCAUGCUAAAGGCGGACUCACGGCCGCGGUCGAUGUCUUCGUUUACCGGGUCACCGCCCGCGGUGGGGGCGUCCAUCGCGGACGCUGAGCCGGUAGCGAGCGCAGAGCGGCCGGCGCCGGUGCUACAGGCGAAUGUGGGCCAGGAGGCGGACUCCAUGCCUGUGCAGCAGAGCAUUCCGCUGAAGGCGGCGGCCGUGCCCGGGCGCCAGCCACAUCAAAAAACUCAUUCUGCAUCCGAUAUAUUUCAACGCACGUCGUCGCACGUUCUCCCGCAGAUACCCAUACCUCUGAAUCCGAUCAGGAAGGCCCCGCGGCCGCCGGAUGCGGGAAUGGGGCAUCAACGGGGGCGCCAGGGCUCACAUUCAGGCAUAGUGCUGGGCCCGCAGAGCGGUGCAGGGGGCACAGGGAGCGCUUCCGACGCCCCAAAGCAUAUCAUGACAAAGUCCAAGCCAUCCCUUUCCGCGCGGAGGGGACUGAAAUUACCGUCUGGCGGUAUUUCUCUGAAAAUGAAGCAGCCACUCCAAGAGUUUGCAUCUCAGCCAUCGAACAAAGAUACCGCUCUGGCAACGUCAGGAGUGGUGCCUGGUCACCGCGUCAGCAAAAGCAAUCCGGGGUCGCUUACGAACGGGAUUCAGACCACCUCGACGUCCUCUGACAAACAGGUCGAUACGAAGGGGACUGAACCUAGUAAGUCUGGCAACUCUGGAACCAAUUCUAACGGGGGCCUAUUUGCAGUAUUCUCCAAGUAUGUCGAUAUUAAAUCCGGAUCACUAAAUUUUGCUGGCAAGUUAUCACUUUCGUCUCAGGGCGUGGACUUUAGUAAUGGAUCUAGCUUUCGAAUUACAUUGGACGAGUUGGAGUUUUUAGAAGAACUAGGCCAUGGGAACUACGGUACGGUAUCCAAGGUACUGCACAAGCCCACUAAUAUCAUGAUGGCUAUGAAGGAAGUUAGGCUGGAGCUCGACGAGUCCAAGUUUAGACAAAUUCUCAUGGAACUAGAAGUCCUGCAUAAGUGUCAGUCCCCAUACAUUGUCGACUUCUACGGUGCAUUCUUUAUUGAAGGGGCAGUCUACAUGUGCAUGGAAUUCAUGGAUGGCGGUUCGUUGGACAAGUCUUACGACCCCCAUGAAAUAGGCGGAAUCGAGGAACCGCAGCUUGCCCUUAUAACAGAGUCAGUAAUCCGCGGGUUAAAGGAAUUAAAAGAUGUACACAACAUUAUACACCGUGAUGUUAAACCAACAAAUAUCUUGUGCUCCGCGACACAAGGUACCGUUAAGCUCUGUGACUUCGGUGUUUCCGGGAACCUAGUAGCAUCCUUGGCACGCACUAACAUCGGCUGUCAAUCCUACAUGGCGCCCGAGCGUAUCAAGUCUUUAAAUCCAGAUAAAGCCACAUACUCUGUCCAGUCCGAUAUUUGGUCCCUGGGCUUAUCCAUUGUGGAAAUGGCGUUGGGUGCGUACCCAUACCCUCCUGAAACAUACGACAAUAUAUUCAGUCAGCUGAGCGCCAUCGUUGACGGUCCACCACCCCGUUUGCCGAAGGACACCUUCUCUUCGGACGCACAGGACUUUGUGCGUCUGUGCUUGCAAAAGAUACCUGAAAGGCGGCCUACAUACGCCUCACUCCUUGAGCACCCAUGGCUGAAGAAGUAUAGAGGCCUGGAUGUCCACAUGAGCGAAUAUAUCACAAAAAGAUUGGUACAAAGACAACAUUAUCUUGAACAAAGCGGUGGGGACGAACUCCCCAAAGUGUUACCUGCAUUGCAUGGGAGGCUGGUAAAACCACAGCCCCAUAUUCCUUAA